GCGUUGGAAGGCGGCGGGGCCCGUCCGCGCGCGCGCGUGGCGGGGCGGCGGCGACGUUGAGGCCCUCACCGGAGAGACCCUCGCUGACGCCGGCGCCUUCCUCUUCUCCAUCGCCUCCCCUGCCGCCCUUCGGCACAGUUAGCCGUCGCGUCCUCCGCUGCGCCUCGCCAGUGGGCGCGCACACACCCAAAAUGGCGAGCAAGGAAGUGCUGGAGGACACGGUGGAGGAGCGCGUCAUCAGCGAGGAGUACAAGAUCUGGAAGAAAAACACCCCGUUCUUGUACGACCUGGUGAUGACACACGCUCUGGAAUGGCCCAGCCUCACCGUGCAGUGGUUACCUGAUGUGACCAGGCCAGAAGGAAAGGAUUAUGCUCUUCACUGGCUGGUUUUGGGAACACACACAUCUGAUGAACAGAACCACCUGGUUGUUGCAAGAGUCCAGAUUCCCAAUGACGAUCAGUUUGAUACUUCCCAGUAUGACAGUGAGAAAGGAGAGUUUGGUGGCUUUGGAUCCGUGACUGGCAAAAUUGAAAUAGAGAUUAAAAUUAACCACGAAGGUGAAGUCAACCGUGCUCGUUACAUGCCGCAGAAUCCCUGCAUCAUUGCUACAAAAACCCCCUCUGCCGAUGUGUUGGUAUUUGACUACACAAAACAUCCUUCAAAACCAGACCCAAGCGGAGAGUGUAAUCCUGACCUUAGAUUAAGAGGGCACCAGAAAGAAGGCUAUGGCUUAUCAUGGAACUCAAAUCUGAGUGGACAUCUUCUCAGUGCGUCAGAUGAUCAUACCGUGUGUUUAUGGGAUGUAAGUGCUGGACCAAAAGAAGGCAAAAUUGUUGAUGCAAAAGCAAUUUUCACUGGACACUCUGCAGUAGUAGAAGAUGUGGCGUGGCAUCUGCUCCACGAGUCUCUGUUUGGAUCUGUGGCUGAUGAUCAGAAGCUUAUGAUCUGGGACACAAGAUCCAAUACUACAUCCAAGCCAAGUCAUUCUGUAGAUGCCCAUACAGCAGAGGUCAACUGCCUGUCCUUCAACCCUUACAGUGAGUUCAUUCUAGCAACUGGCUCUGCUGACAAGACAGUGGCUCUGUGGGACCUUCGAAAUUUAAAACUGAAACUCCAUUCCUUCGAGUCUCAUAAAGAUGAAAUUUUUCAAGUUCACUGGUCUCCUCAUAAUGAAACUAUUCUCGCCUCAAGUGGUACUGAUCGUCGGCUUAAUGUGUGGGAUCUGAGUAAAAUUGGAGAAGAGCAGUCUGCAGAGGAUGCAGAAGAUGGGCCUCCUGAACUGCUGUUCAUCCAUGGAGGACACACUGCUAAAAUUUCAGACUUCAGCUGGAAUCCUAAUGAGCCUUGGGUGAUCUGCUCCGUGUCAGAGGACAAUAUCAUGCAGAUCUGGCAAAUGGCAGAAAACAUUUACAAUGAUGAAGAACCAGAUAUAGCAGCAGCCGAACUGGAGGGCCAAGGAACAUAAGUUUUCUUCCUUAAGGAAAUACUGGAUGUGACAUAGUAAUAUAAUUUGACUAUUGUAUACAUUUUUCUAAAAAAGAAGUCUCUAAAAAAACCAAAACCAAAUAAACCUCAAAACCAAGCACUGGGCAGAAGCAUUGCAUCAAAACAAGAAUAUUCUUAAUCGGGCACAAAAGGCUUGUGUUGGGCACUGUGGGCUAUCGUUUACUGUACAGCAAUUGUGACUUAGUACCUCUGUCUAUAUUUUUAAACAAGCUUAGUGGGUUCCUGUAAAUAAAACAAAGGUCAAAUCCUCACUCCUUCCCACACAGAAACUCUGUGCAAAAAAAAACCCAAACCUGUUUUUAUUAAUAUGUAAAAAGAACUUUUCACUUUUACACAACACUUUUGGAUUGGCUUUGCAUAAAUAAAAAGUAUUAAAUAAAA